GGCUGAGGAGUCGGAUGAUGGUGGAGUGUGCCAUGGUUCUAUGUGGGGCCUGAGCUCCUGCUCAAGCCGCUCAGAGCGCCUCAGUAUCGGCCCCAGCUCCGCUCCUCCUCCACUCAGAGUGCGGCUGUUCCGGCUCCAGCUCCUCUCCGAGUGCUUCUUCUGCUGCAACUAAAGGACCUGUCUGAAGCAUGCUGACCCGUCUGUUCCACGCCCACGGCCUGCUGGUGGCCUCUCACCCCUGGGAGGUGAUCGUGGGCACCGUCACCCUCACCAUCUGCAUGAUGUCCAUGAACAUGUUCACCGGCAAUGACCAGAUCUGCGGCUGGAACUUUGACUGCCCCAAAACCGACGAGCAAAUCCUCAGCAGUGACAUCAUCAUCCUGACCAUCACACGCUGCAUUGCCAUCAUCUACAUUUACUUCCAGUUCCAGAACCUGCGGCAGCUGGGAUCCAAGUACAUCCUGGGCAUCGCUGGACUCUUCACCAUCUUCUCCAGCUUUGUGUUCAGCACUGUGGUCAUACACUUCCUGGACAAGGAGCUGACUGGCCUUAAUGAGGCUUUGCCCUUCUUCCUGCUCCUCAUCGACCUGUCCAAAGCAUGUGCACUGGCCAAGUUUGCUCUGAGCUCAAAUUCUCAGGAGGAGGUGAGAGACAACAUAGCCCGUGGCAUGGCUGUGCUGGGGCCCACCUUCACCCUGGAUGCCCUAGUCGAGUGCUUGGUCAUAGGAGUUGGGACUAUGUCAGGAGUACGUCAGCUGGAGAUCAUGUGUGGCUUUGGGUGCAUGUCAGUGCUGGCCAACUACUUUGUGUUCAUGACCUUCUUCCCUGCCUGUGUGUCCCUGGUGCUGGAGCUGUCUCGGGAGAGUCAGGAGGGCCACCCAAUCUGGCAGCUGCACCACUUCUCCAAAGCUCUAGAGGAAGAGGACAACAAGCCCAACCCAGUGACUCAACGGGUCAAGAUCAUGUCUCUGGGCCUGGUCAUGGUGCACGCCCACAGCCGCUGGAUCGCUGAGCCUCAGUCCCUGAACAGCACUGGACUGCCCCGUGUGCCCAUGGAGCUGAGCCAUCUCUCCCCCCGCAGGAUCGAGCCCGAGAUGCCCCUCUGGCAUUUCUACCUCACCAGGAUGGUGACCAUGGACAUCGAGCAGGUCAUCUGCCUGGCCCUGGCUCUGCUGCUGGCCAUUAAGUACAUCUUCUUUGAGCCGGUGGAGACAGAGUCGACUCUGUCCAUCAAGAGCCCCCUGUCCACAAGCACAGGAGCACGCAGGACAGCUACAGACAGCUGCUGUCGAAAGGUCCCGCCCAUCGCCGGCCUGGUCACUACAGCACUGCUCCAAACCCAGGAGACCGCCAGUGUCACCAAGGAUGAAGUGAUCCGCCCUCUGCCCGCUGUGCCCGAGCCCAUCCCUCGCUCUGUGCCCGAGCCCACCCCUCGCUCUAUACCCGAGCCCACCCUUCCCUCUGUGCCCAUCUUCAUCAUGGGUGAGGAGGAGGAGGUGAAGGGGGUGAAGGCGACAGCGGCACAGCCCACAGCAGAGCCCCGCAGCACGGCUGAGUGUGUGUCCAUCCUCCGUGACCCUCAGCUUGGCCCGAGCUUCCUCAGUGAUGCAGAGGUGAUGCUCCUGGUCAGCUCCAAACACAUCCCUGCCUACAAGCUGGAGUCGGCCCUGGAGAGGCCCGAGAGAGGCGUAUCCAUCCGCCGACAGAUGAUCUCCUCCAAACUGGCCUCUCCUACUGCCCUGUCCUCUCUGCCCUACACCCACUACGACUACUCCAAGGUGAUGGGCAAUUGCUGUGAAAAUGUGAUUGGCUACAUGCCUGUGCCGGUGGGCGUGGCCGGGCCUCUGCAUUUAGACGGGAAGCAGUACCAGGUCCCUCUGGCCACCACCGAGGGCUGCCUGGUGGCCAGCACCAACCGAGGCUGCCGGGCCAUCGCAUUGUCUGGUGGGGCCCGCAGCUGUAUUCUGGGGGACAGUAUGACUCGGGGACCCCUGGUCAGGCUGCCCUCAGCCUGUCAGGCUGCAGAGGUCAAAGCUUGGCUGGAGUCAACCGACGGCUUUCAGGUGGUAAAGGAGGCCUUUGACAGCAGCAGUAGGUUUGCCCGGCUGCAGAAGCUGCUGGUGGCCUUAGCCGGAAGGAACCUCUACAUCCGCUUCCAUUCACAGACUGGAGACGCCAUGGGCAUGAACAUGAUCUCAAAGGGCACGGAGCAGGCUCUCAGCUGCCUGCAGCAGCACUUCCCUGACCUUCAGGUGGUGGCACUCAGUGGAAACUUCUGCACUGAUAAGAAGCCAGCUGCGGUCAACUGGAUUGAGGGGCGGGGCAAGUCUGCUGUGUGUGAGGCCACCAUCCCAGCACACGUGGUCAGAGAGGUCCUGAAGACCAGUACUCAGGCUUUGGUGGAGGUCAACAUCAACAAAAACCUGGUGGGCUCAGCCAUGGCCGGCAGCAUCGGGGGCUUCAACGCACACGCAGCCAACCUGGUCGCAGCUAUCUACAUCGCCUGUGGACAGGACCCUGCUCAGUCUGUGGGCAGCAGUAACUGCAUCACUCUAAUGGAGGCCUCAGGGCCCUCAGGGGACGACCUGUACAUCAGCUGCACCAUGCCCUCCAUAGAACUGGGCACUGUGGGCGGAGGCACCAACCUGCCACCCCAGCAGGCAUGUCUGCAGAUGCUGGGUGUGCAGGGCCCGUGCCCUGAAUGUCCAGGGGAGAAUGCCCGGCAGCUGGCCCGCCUGGUGUGUGCCACAGUACUGGCAGGAGAGCUGUCUCUGAUGUCUGCUCUGGCGGCUGGGCAUCUGGUCAAGAGUCACAUGACGCACAACAGAUCUAAGGUGAACCUCCAGACCCCCGGCACCUGCACCCAGAACAGCUCUUGAGAGGACGUUCGAGGCCUGUCCCGUGUCCACUGAGCAGAGCGGACGUGUCCACAAAUGGACGAGACACCAUGAGACUGCACACAGCCUUUGUCCUGUCACAUGUGCACUGAGGACACCCUGUCUGAACUGUGUUCAGCUGAUUGCAUCCUGAGGACCACUCAAGUCCCCUCCUCACCACAGGACGUCCAGCUGCAAGACAGACAAUAAAAUGAUUUUGAACUAUAUUGUGAACAAAACAGUUUGAAUUUCCUCUUGAGUUUAAUAAUACAGGAGGUACACAGGGAAAUCAGGGAGGCACCUUUUUGUGCAGGAUCUUUGACACAUUGUUACUGUGCUAAAGUCUUUAAUCCAAAGUCAGCGGUCCAUGCAUGUGUGUGUAGUGUCACACAUGCUGAAUGUCUGAACCACAGGUAACAUGGUUUACAAUAAGAGCCCGUAGAGAGUUGGCCGACUGCAGACGACAUAAUGCUACAGACAUCAUCAUCAUCAUAAUAAUAACAAUAAUAAAGAUAAAAGCAUUCUGAGCAGGGCUCUGUACUUGCAUAGAUACAUGGUCUGUGUCAAACAGAACAUACACUGUCCCCUUCAGGCCAAUGUGGGAACACCAACAACAAAUGCUGGUUCAUGAUCAUAUUCAAUUAAGGCAGGUACGGGGCUUGAAAUGAUAAAUGUUUUAUAAAUUAUUUUGACUUAAAUAAAAGUAUUUUUUUCUAUUUUA